AUGUUGUCUCUGGCAUCCCUGACCCUGCUUGCGUCUACUGUCUUAGCGCAGUCAUCCUUCUCACCAACAAGGCCACCAGCAAUUCCUCUUGCCGUCUCCAACCCAUAUCUCAACACAUGGCAGCAAGCAGGUAGCGAUGGAGGCAAUGGAGGAUAUCUUGCCGGUCAAUGGCCAAGGUUUUGGGCAGGCCAAGUCACUGGCUGGACAGGUCUCAUCAAGGUAGACGGAGGUGCCGCAGUCACAUGGAUGGGUGCUCCGAACGGUCCUGCUGUGGCCACUCAGAACAGCUUCGAGUACACUUCAACAAAAUCUGUCUUUUCGCUGUCGGUCGACGGCAAAGUCGGGUUGAAUGUGACCUUUCUAUCUCCUGUCGAGCCUACGGACCUCAAACGCCAAUCGAUACCCGCCUCUUACAUGAAUGUUGAGGUCUUCUCUAUUGAUGGCGCUGACCAUAAGGUCCAACUGUACUCGGAUGUGUCUGCAGAAUGGGCAUCUGGAGACAGGUCCGCCGUUGCAGAGUGGGACUUUGGUAGCAUCAAGUCGGCUGCUUCGAAACGUGCUGAGUCAGCAAGUGGAUAUUCAACAUUGCAAACAGUCACUGUUCCUGCUUCCUCGGCGGCCUCAUCCGACGCCUCAUCGACUGUGGAGAUAUCUUCUGAAAUCGAGGCUACGACUGCAGCAUCUGUCUCGGCAUCUGCCACUGCUACCGGAGUUGCGCAAGCUAAUAGCAUUACUUACCAUCGCUUCUAUCGUCAAGAACAGCAAGUCUUCGUCGAGAACUCGGAUCAGGCAAGCUGGGGAAAUUGGAUCUAUGCAUGCAGCCACGAAGGCUUGACUUACUCGAACGGCGGUGUUGACACGGAUGUGCGUGGAGCUUUCAUCAACAAUGGUGUUCUUGACAAUGACUUGAACACGAAUUACCGAGCGAUCAGCAAUCAGUGGCCCGUGUUUGCCUUUGCUCUUGACUUUGGCUCUGUUGGGAGCACUCCUCAGUCAGCCUUGUUCACUUUGACCCUGGCGCAGAACGAAGCCAUUCAAUUCGAGUAUGAUACCAACAAAGUUCAGCAACUGCCUCCGCUCUGGACGAGCUAUUUUACCAGCGAGCUUGACCUUGUCUCAUUCUUCUACAACGACUGGAGCAACGCUCAGACGAGCGCUGCCAGUAUUGACACAAAGGUCGCUACGGACUCUCUUGCAAAUGCGGGACAGGAUUACCUGACCAUCACCAGUCUUGCUGUCCGUCAAGUGUUCGCCACUACUCAGCUCGCCGGUACUACGAAGUCGUAUCAUCUGUUCAUGAAAGAGAUCAGCAGUAAUGGUGACAUGCAAACCGUUGAUGUCAUCUUCCCUGCCUUCCCCAUCUUCCUCUACUUCAACCCGGACUUGGGUCGCCUGCUGCUUGAACCACUGUUCAUCAAUCAAGAAGCUGGCAACUGGCCAGCUGCAUAUGCGAUUCACGAUUUGGGUGUCUUUCCCAAUGCCACCGGCCACAAUGACGGUAACGCUGAAAAUCAACCUCUCGAGGAAUGCGGCAACAUGAUUGUCAUGGCUCUCGCAGUCGCUCAAAAAGUCAGCGGCGGCACUGCGUACCUCAAUCGACACUACGAGAUUCUCAAGCAAUGGAACGACUACCUCGUAAUCGACUCACUCAUCCCCUCAAACCAAAUCUCCACCGAUGACUUUGCAGGCUCAUUGGCUAAUCAAACCAAUCUCGCACUCAAAGGCAUUAUAGGUAUCGAAGCCAUGGCUGUGAUCGCAAACCUCACUGGCCACACCGCUGACGCUGAGAACUUUACUUCCAUUGCUCAUGACUAUAUCACCAAGUGGCAAGGAUUGGGAAUUGCUCCAGCUACGAAUGGCUCUCUGGCUCACACAACAUUGGCAUAUGGUAUGCCUGAGACCCAUGGCUUGCUUUAUAACCUCUACGCCGAUACUUGGGUUGGCACGAACAUUGUCCCUCGCAGCGUCUAUGAGAUGCAAUCAUCUUUCUACCCAACAGUAGCCAUGCAAUACGGCGUCCCGCUAGAUACCCGCCACACCUACACAAAACUCGACUGGGAAAUUUUCGUCGCGUCCAUCGCUUCUCCUUCCACUAAAUCCCUCUUCAUCUCCAAGAUUGCAGAUUGGAUUGGCAAGACCACGACCAACAGACCUUUCACGGAUUUGUAUGAGACUGAGAGUGGAGAUUAUCCUGGAGGUAUCAAUUUUGCUGCUAGGCCUGUCAUGGGGGCUGUGUUUGCUCCUUUGUUGGUAGGGCAGGGUCCGUUGGGAUGAUGUGGAGGGGAAGUAUAUGAAAGGGGUAAGAAGUGGUGAGAGGGGGGAGGAGGAGGAGGAAUUUAUCGUUCGGAUGAGUGACGAAUAUCUAACGAUUUCAUGUUGCAUCAACGUAGCAAGAUGGAAUUGCGAGAAAGCACAAAGCCUUUUUUUUUUGAAGAGGAUAAUUGAUCGCUAGAAAUACGAAUGGAGCUCGCUUUCUUUGAAAGUCCUCAC